AUGAAUGAACUUCAGAAUCAAAACAUAUUAUAUGUGGAUACCCUAUGCCAAGAAUUAUAUUCCCCGAAGUCUCAAGAACAACGUUCCAAUGCCGAAAGGCUACUAGACGUCGCCUUUCCAACUUUUUCCGAGACUUCGGCUGUACGUGCCAACGGAGCAAGUCCUUUAGGUGUCAAAAUUCAGUCUCCUCUUGAGACUUCAAUGUUUUGUAGGUGGCUCCUAGAAAAAUCUACUUCUCCCUAUGCCCAAAUGUUUGCGGCUGCAAGAUUAAAGGGUCUCGUCCUGGAUCAUUAUACUAUGUUUUCCAUGCCACAAAAAAUAGAACUGAGUACGGACUAUCAGCCUUUUGUUUUAUCUUCUCUUGCACAACUUUUUGCUACUAUAUCAAAAGUUGGAUGGUUUGAAGGCGAAGAAUUUAAAAAUAUUACUAAUGAUUUGUCCAAUUUUAUUCAGUCCACACCAGACCAUAUUAUUGUAGGUUUACAAAUUCUUUCGAUAACUGUCGCGGAAAUGAAUCAACAAUCUCCGAGAAAUUUAACUAAACAAAGGAAAACAGCAAUUGGGUUCAGGGAUACCGCGUUAUUGGAAAUUUUUCAGCUAGGAUUAGUCGUUUUGCGAAGAUUACUGAAUGGUGGAAUUUUAUUCGCGAAUGAUCUUCAGGAGCAUAAAUCGAAAGAAUAUUGUUUAACAUUGCUUCGCAACUGUCUUGCUUUUGAUUUUAUCGGCACCUCUCCUGAUGAAUCCGGCGAAGAUGUUGGAAGCAUUCAAGUUACAUCAUCCUGGCGUUCAACAGUUGAAGAUCCAUCAUUUCUUCAAAUCAUGUUUGAGGCAUAUAAACAGUUUCAACCACCUCACUCAAGCCAAGUUAUGGAAGUUAUUGUUCAAAUUUCUUCCAUUCGCAGAUCUCUCUUUAAUGAAGAAGAGAGGUCCAAAUUCUUAUAUAGCCUGAUGAAAGGGAUCAGUGAAAUCCUAAUUGGAAACAUAGGACUUUCUGACUUGAACAAUUACCAUGAGUUUUGCCGCCUUCUUUCUAGAUUUAGAUCAACAUAUCAAUUGAGUGAAAUUGCUGAAAAAUCUGGAUACAAUGAAUGGAUUGAUUUGGUUGCUGAUUUUUCUAUUAAAGGCUUUAAUAAUUGGCAGUUAGUCCCAAAUAGUGUGCAAUAUUUGCUGACCUUUUGGUCAAAAAUGCUUUCAUCAACUGGAAGUUCACGUGCGAGUUCGGUAUCAAAACUCGAGUUAAUCGCGUCCAGGCUGACGCAUACAUUUAUCACAUCAAAAAUUGAAUCUGUAGAAACAACUAUAGAUGGUGUAAUUGACGAUCCUUUGGAAAAUGAAGAUGCACUCAUUAAUGAUCUUGAAAUGUUUGCAAAUAUUGCACGAUGUAAAUAUGACGAAGCUAAUGUGGCAAUCAUGAAUGCAUUUAAUCCUAUAGUGCAACAAUUUAAGGCAUUGUUGCAGCAAGUAAAUACUGGUGUUGUCCACGAGUAUUUGACAAUUUUAGACGUCAUUGAGACAAAGUUUGCUUGGUUAGUGUACAUGAUUGGAGGUCUUAUCGGGGGUAGACAGACUUAUGUCAGUACGGAAGAUCAAGAUUUGAUCGAUGGCGAACUAACAUGUAAAGUUGUGAAUCUUUUAACUGCAUUCAAGUCAUGGAAUGGCCCGCGCGGCAAUAACACUGGCUAUGAAAAAUUAGAAUUAGCUUUUAUAUAUUUCUUUCAACAAUUUCGAAAAAGCUAUAUUGGUGAAAGUGCCCAAAAAAUAUCAAAAGUAUACAGUAAAUUAUCCGAUCAACUUGGAAUUAAUGAUCAGACAAUGCUUCUAGAUCUAAUUGUGCAAAAAAUAGGAUCAAAUCUUAAUAUGUGGGCUCAAUGUUCAAAGAUAGUUCAACGGACUGUGGCUCUCUUUAAUGAUUUGGCCGGAGGCUACAGUUCUGUUAGAUUACUCCGCAAUAUUCCAACUACACAGUUCAUUAUCAAAAAACAUACAGUUAAAGAUUUUCCAUUUCUUGACGCUCAGAAUAACCUACGGACGCGUAUGAUAUAUUACUCGGCACUUUCUAGAAUAUUGUUUGCUGAUGAUAAUGUUGAACGAGAUUUUGAGGAGUUUGUCAGGCCUUGGGAUAUUACAAUGGCUCAACUCGGUGCUUUAAACUCUUUUGAGGCUUUCAGACAACCGGGUGUUAAAGCAACACUCUCAGGAAUAUUCCGUGAUUUAAGAGGAUUCCUUUCAGCAAUUCAAGGCCGAAAGAAUUUUUUGAUUUUUUUUGAAUGGUUUUAUCCUAACUAUAUGCAAAUCCUUUGUCGUGCGCUAGAGGCUUGGUCUGACGACGUAUUAGCCAUUACAAUUCUAAAAUUCUUCCUCGAAUUUGUAAAUAAUCGAACACAAAGAUUGAAUUUUGAUAUCUCAUCACCGAAUGGUAUACUAUUAUUUAGAGAAACAAGCAAAGUGAUAUCUACAUAUGGGCACCAAAUUAAAAAUCGCCCUCUAAUGAGUCUUGACAAAUAUAUUGAAAAAUACAAGGGCAUUUCUAUUUGCUUUAAUAUAUUGACGAAAUCAUUCGCUGGUCGUUAUGUCAAUUUUGGAGUUUUUGCAUUAUAUGGUGAUAACGCUUUAGAAAUUGCUUUGAAAACAUCAUUUGAAAUGAUGCUCAGUGUACCAAUUGAAGAUAUCCUUGCAUAUCCCAAGUUUUCAAAAGCAUUGUUCGAUUGGCUGGAUACUUUUACUAAUGAAUAUAUGAUGACAUUACCAAGCAUGGAUUCAGACGUCUUUCUGUAUAUUAUGCGUGCUCUUGCGGAGGCUCCGUGUUCAUCUGCAUGCAAUGCUAUUGAUCAUAUAUGUACAUUUGUGAUUCAACAGUCUGCUAUGCAGAAGCCUAAGCGACACUGGCUUCUUUCAUAUUUAAACGAGUAUCCUACAGUAUUGCCUACUUUGUUUGUGGCAAAUUUCAAUGUGGUUCUAUUUGAAGAAAGACAAAAUCAAUGGUCUUUAUCACGUCCACUGCUAUGUUUAAUAUUAUUGAAUCAAGAUUAUUUUCACAAAUAUACAGAAAAUAUUUUGCAACACCAAUUACCUGAAAGAAGGGAGGCUUUGAGAAAGGCUGUCAAAACUCUCAUGGAAGAUGUAGACGUUAAUUUAACUACUAAAAAUCGAGAUAGAUUUACACAGAAUCUCAGUACGUUUAAGAGAGAGUUAAUUAGCGGCAAUGUUAUAUUGGUUCCUCCGCCAAUGGAUGCUAAGAUGAAUAUGUGA